UGGACCAUCAAUACUGUGACCAAGCACAGGAGCGCAACACACACCCCUAACUCUAAUCGCAAGCAUCUCGAUUCCGGGAAGUCCUGCAACACCUCGAACCCUCGGCCACUUUCCCACCUUCACUGAUCAAAACACGGGCGCUAAGGGCCUUUUCUCCGUUUUAAAAGUGGACCUAACACCGCCUUACUUUCUUGACAUGGGAGACAUGGGGGACCCACCAAAAAAAAAACGUAUAAUCUCGUUGUGUGUCGGCUGUGGGAACCAAAUCCAUGACCAGUAUAUUUUGCGGGUGUCCCCGGACCUGGAGUGGCACGCGGCGUGUUUGAAAUGUGCAGAAUGUAACCAGUACCUAGACGAGUCCUGUACGUGUUUUGUCCGAGAUGGAAAAACUUACUGUAAACGGGACUACAUCAGGUUAUACGGCAUUAAAUGUGCUAAGUGCAACAUCGGUUUCAGCAAGAAUGACUUUGUUAUGAGAGCACGCUCGAAGGUUUAUCAUAUUGAGUGUUUUAGAUGUGUGGCGUGUAGUCGGCAGCUCAUCCCGGGAGACGAGUUUGCUCUACGGGAAGAUGGACUCUUCUGCAGGGCCGACCAUGACGUAGUGGAGCGGGCAACAAUGGGUGCUGGUGACCCGUUAAGCCCAUUGCAUCCGGCGAGACCUUUACAAAUGGCAGCAGAGCCUAUUUCAGCACGUCAGCCUGCGCUUCGACCUCAUGUGCACAAGCAGCCCGAGAAAACGACCCGCGUCCGGACAGUCCUUAACGAAAAACAGCUUCAUACCUUAAGGACUUGUUACAAUGCCAACCCUCGACCCGAUGCCCUUAUGAAAGAGCAGCUCGUUGAAAUGACGGGUCUAAGCCCGAGAGUCAUCAGGGUUUGGUUUCAAAACAAGCGAUGCAAGGACAAAAAGAGGAGCAUACUGAUGAAGCAACUUCAACAGCAGCAACCCAACGACAAAACGAACAUCCAAGGAAUGACAGGAACUCCAAUGGUGGCAACCAGUCCAGAGAGACACGACGGUGGUUUGCAGGCAAACCAAGUGGAGGUGCAGAGUUACCAACCGCCUUGGAAAGUCUUGAGUGACUUCGCACUGCAGAGUGACAUCGACCAGCCUGCUUUCCAGCAACUGGUAAAUUUUUCAGAAGGAGGGCCUGGAUCGAACUCCACGGGAAGCGAGGUCGCCUCGAUGUCCUCUCAGCUGCCCGAUACACCAAACAGUAUGGUAGCGAGUCCUAUAGAGGCCUAGACCAAUGGAUUAUCUCCUGCACCAGAGGUCUAGAAAAGGAUGCGUCGGGGAACCAAUCUCAGAGAGGGGGUCGUGAAGUUUCUUCCAUCCCUAUUUCAUUUAGGGCCACUCCUGAAUAAAACCCCAUCCUCCAACUGCACGAGGCCUCUAUAUCGAAUACUUGGUUGUAUUUAUACACUGUGAUGACAAUCAUGGGAUUUAAACACACUCAGCUGUACCGAGCAAGUCCAACGAGUGCCGAAAAGACCAUUAAUAAGUAGAUUAUUGUUGAUGAGCAGUUGCAAACUCCAGCGAAAGUGGACACAGUCGGCGCACGUAUUCACAUGACCAUCACAGUGCCCGCGGCCGAGUGGACCUGAUCGGCUACACUUUUGCCAAAUACUCCUACACAUUUCUUUUCCCACUUUUUUGACAAAUCAAUGGACCUCUACGGAUUUAAGACGCAAAUGAACGUAGUCUAAUAUACAUCCAUAUAGCCUACUUUGUGCGCAACGUGAGUAGCCUAUAAUGAACCCAUGACUGUUUAUUUUCUUUCUAUAUAAUAGAUUGAAAUGGACUAGUUCACAAAUAAGUCGUUUUGAAGAGGUUAUGGCAGCCGAGGUCUACUGCGAUUACAGUUUUCUUAUAUGGUCUCUUUUCAAGUCCAAGUACUAAAGCAUUGCAACAAGGUAUACCUCUAUUUUGCCACAAGCUGUGUGGGAAUUUCAUGUGUUUGUGUCCGUCCGAGAACGUUUUCUUUCCCAAAGAUGUGUAUAGGUUUAAGUUAAUAUGAAUGAUUAGAAGGUUUCUUUUUUUGUUCCUGUAUUACAAAAUAUUUUAUUAUUUAUUGUCGAAUGACAUGCCACUUUUGUGUACUUUUACUUGCUGAAGUAAAAAAAUGAGUAAAAGAAUAUUGUCGGCUCAGAAUGAUCAAUUAUACUUUACGCGUCCUGUACUUUUAUCAAAGAAUGAUGUAAGAACAACGCCAUAUGUCGAGUUAUCUUCAGGAAAAUUUGAUCAAUAAAAUUUGACGUGAACUGUAAGUGAACGGCCGAACACGUGAAGCUUUUUUAAAUAUGAAUCCCUACAUCUCAAUUUCAUAAUAUCUUAUGUCCAGUAAAGCUAGUGAGCUAUAGAAAAUAUAUUUUGUUAAAUAACUUGACAUUUACAGCAUUGUAAGCACAAUAUGUUGUCGUAUAAAAGUGGUGUAUAGAGACAACUGUAUGAAUAACAAGCAGAUAAUUUUCACAUUACCCUUACAACAAUUGGUCAUUAUAGCUGGCCUAAAGAAUUAGGCAAUUACCAUUUUAUUAAUAUACCCAAUGUGCAAACAGUUCUCUAAUACCAUUAACUCCCAACAUUUGAAUCAUAUCAAGGUUGUCAUAAAAACUGCAAUGACCUUGCUAGUCCAGCCACCUUUCACAGUCCAUGACUGGAUAUAAAUUGCUGAGCUUGCAUGCUGCAGAAAUCAAUUGCAGGCAGUUGGGAUGUUCAUUAUGCAGAGCUAUUUUCUCUUGCAAAUUAUUGUCCAUCUUAUAAUUUUACAUACACCGAGAAGGUAAGAAAGAUGGGUUUGCACUGCUGUUUUUUGUUUGCCUUUAUCAUUUCCAUUGAAGAAUUGAGUUGAGCAAAAUAUUUUUCUUUAAAUUAAGCUUUGACUGUGACAACAUCACAAUAGGAAAUAUGCAAUAUCUGAAUACACCAAUUAUGGUAUAUGGCAGUACCUGGGACAAAGUUACUAGUUUACUAUUUUGUCAACAACCCCAUAUUCAUUUUUUUGUUCGUUGAGGAGGUGAAUAAUUAUUUUACAAUAGUGGUUCCAGUGCACAAUUUAAAUGUAUGUAUUUAUUCUAAUAAGCGAGUCAUUAUAGACUAGUUUAUUGGGCUACCACAACAUAAUUUAAAACCAAAUAAUAUAUUUUUUACCAUUUAAUUGCUUGAUGUUUUUAUUUAU